AUGAUUCCUCAACAACAACGACAUCUUGUCCUCCUCAACAACAAUGCUCCACAAGAGGAAGAAGUAAAUCCAAUGCUAAGGAUGUCAUCCCUCUGCUUUUCGAAGGAUGGUGACGACUUUGGCUCAUUCCCAUCCAAUGAAGUUCCACAUCAGACAAGUGGCAGCAGCAUGACGAACAGUACGAGUGAUCAAACAAAUUCCUCCAUAAACUUGAGUACACCCAUGAUGGAUCAUCCUCUUCUUCAUCUUCAUCAUGGACAUGACCAUUCACUCUUGCAGUUCAAGCUGAAUUGGCUGUUACAACAAAGCGACAAGAUUCCUCUCGAAACACUCGUGUCCAUCAUUCUCAAUCAACACUCUCCAUGUGUGACCAACGAGAGGAUCUCAGCAACCAAUACUAGUGCGCUACUGUCUUGUGUUGCAAGUGGUUGUGGUGGUGGUUGUGGUGGUGGUUGUGGUGGUGGUUGUGGUGGUGGACAUGAAAAGGACAUGCAUCGAACGGCGGCUCUUUUCUCCAACAAUCCUCCAUACCACUCUUCUUUCCUUCAACAACAGGUCCACACAACCAACACCACCACUCAAAACCAUCAUGUGUCCAUCAUGAAUCCAAUCAUGAAUCCAAUCAUGAAUCCAACCAUGAAUCCAACCAUGAAUCCUCAUCCUCUCCUAAUGAGUUUUCCAACAAGGUUGAACAUGACAGAACAUGGUCAAACACCCUCUCCUCCUCAACCAAUCUAUUCGACAAGAAUGAAUCGACAAGAAGAAGAAGAAUGGCCUUCUGUGAGUGAUGCCGUGAGGAAGGAUGUUCCACCGUCAAUAAUGAUGAUGAGGAAUGAUUAUGGAAAUGCAUUACUACUGCUACUACUACUACUAUUACAACAACAACCACUACCAAUAACAACGUCAUCAUCAUCAUUAGUGACACGAGGAGGUAGCAAUCAUUCAUAUCUUUAUGCAAUCACUCCAACAAUGAGUGGUGUUGUAAUAUCUCAACAAGAUCCAUGUCUUCCCAUACCUUCUCUCUACUCUUCACCACCACCAUCACCACUAUUUCAAGAACAUUGCAUUGUGCAACCUUUGAGAGUGGAAAAAGUGGACUCUGAAAAGGUUUCUGACGAGAGGAUUCCUCUCUGUGAACCUUCUCCUUCGACCACAACAACAAUUCUCGUAAAUCAACAAUCCAUCAUGAUGAAUGAACCAACAAGUCUUGAUCACUCUCAUGUGGUCACCAAAGUUGGAUCAGAGGACAAUUCAUUCUCCUCAUCAUGCUUGUCCUCGAAAUCAUCAUCUUCCAAAUGCUCAUCCAAAACAAACGGUGGGAAAAACAUCAUUUCCAAACCACACAAAACAAAAAGAAAUAAUCAUUCAUCCAAACACACGAAUCACCUUCUGGUAAAUGCAUCUUGCUCUCAAAACAAAGAAUUACGUUUGAAUCCAUUCUGCAAUUUCUCAAUCGAAUCCUUUUCGAAUCAAAAACAAGAAAAGAAGAAAAGAGGACGACCAAAAGUAAGAAGAGAGAACAGCGAAAACGAAACCAUGACGAAGCAACAACCUCAAUCACAAGACACUUCUUCUUCCAAUUCACAUCAGGCUUCAUCUGUCUUUUACACCAAAAGCUCUUUUCGCAAUAUCAACUUUUGA